AUGCAUGCGGCAGAUUUCGUCCUCCCUCCAUCCAUCAUGAAACAAGAUGAUCUCUCGUCUCAAGGCCGCAGGUGGAUCAGGCCGAACAGCAGGGAAAUACGGCCUCCUGAGACGCCAGUCGUGGAUUUCGAAAGUGUCGCGGAGAUACCCCGCCCGACCGCGUGUUAUGUAAUGGGCUACGUGGAGGAGUCGGAGCUUUCAGGACUGGGCUGCGUUAUUCUUGACUUUCCACACCCUGGCAUCUCACCAGCGGCUGGGGAAAUUUUACAACAAGAUGUGAUGAGGGCCGAAGAGGCAAAAGACACACCGACUGGAGUUGAUGGGACGUAG